AUGAAUCAAGUGUGUGUAGAACGAACCCCAAACAUACCGACUGCCUAUAUAAAGAGCAAACCAAAGAAACCUAUAGAAAGACUCAAAAAGAAAAAGGGCUCCAAUAAAUCGAUAAAAAGUCAAUAUAAAUUUGAAGGAAGUAAAAUAGCAAAUAAGAAUAACGAGCUAAAGGAUAUAAAAUCAAAGGACCCCAAAUAUUAUGAAAGUCAUUUUAAUAAAAGUACAAAAAAUAAAGACAUCCUUUUAAAAUCGAAAAGAAGUGACAAUUUUAAGUUCUCUAGAAGAGGGUUUAUUUUAAGUUUUACUGGAAAUUUAGAGGAUUUUUAUAAUUUAUCAGAAGAUCCAUUAGGAAAGGGGACAUAUGGUUGUGUAUAUAAAGCAACAGAUAAACUAUUAAAAAUACAAAGAGCUGUUAAAGUUGUAUCAAAAAAAAAAUUAAAAAAUAUACCAAGAUUUAGACAAGAAAUUGAUAUAAUGAAAAAUUUAGAUCAUCCUAAUGUUAUAAAGUUACUAGAAACAUUUGAAGAUGAAGAACAAAUUUAUUUAAUAAUGGACUUAUGUACAGGAGGAGAAUUAUUUGAUAAGAUAAUAAAAAAAGGUUCUUUUGUAGAAAUGUAUGCCUCUUUUAUAAUGAAGCAAAUAUUUUCUGUAUUAAAUUAUUUACAUAUUAGGAACAUAUGCCAUAGAGAUAUAAAGCCUGAAAAUUUUUUAUUUUAUGACAAAUCCACCGAAUCAUUAAUUAAAAUCAUCGACUUUGGUUUAGCUGCAUAUUUUAAUGACAUCGAUUAUGAGAUGAAAACAAAAGCUGGAACUCCUUAUUAUGUUGCCCCUCAAGUUUUAACGGGUUGUUAUGAUUAUAAAUGUGAUUUAUGGUCAGCAGGUGUGUUAUUUUAUAUUAUUCUUUGUGGCUAUCCCCCUUUUUAUGGAGAAAGUGAUCACGAGAUAUUGAGCAUGGUGAAAAAGGGUAAAUACAAUUUUAAGGGAAAAGAAUGGAAUAAUAUUUCAGAAGAGGCUAAAGAUUUAAUUAAGCGAUGUCUUACUAUCGACUCAGGAAAAAGGAUAAAUGCGAGUGAAGCUUUAAAGCAUCCAUGGUUUAAAAAAAAAAAAGGAUCAUUUAAUUUAGAUGUAAAAAUGGAUAUACAUGUGUUAGAAAAUUUUAAAAAUUAUGCUCUAUUAUUAAAACUUCAAAAAUUAGCUAUGACAAUAAUAGCACAACAAAGUAAUGAUUACGAUUUGCAACAAUUAAAGGCAGUAUUUUUAUAUUUAGAUGAAGAUGGGAAAGGGAAUAUAACAAAAAAUCAAUUGAAAAAAGGUUUGGAGAAUAGUGGGUUGAAGCUUCCUCAUAAUUUUGAUGUCUUACUUGAUCAAAUAGAUAGUGAUGGUAGUGGAAGAAUAGAUUAUACUGAAUUUUUAGCGGCAGCAUUAGACAGAAAGCAUUUAUCAAAGAAACUGAUAUAUUGUGCCUUUAGAGUAUUCGAUGUAGACAAUGAUGGGGAGAUUACGACAGCAGAAUUAGCACAUAUACUUUAUAAUGGCAACAAGAAAGGAAGCAUAACUCAAAAAGAUGUUAAUCAAGUUAAAAAAAUGAUUCAAGAAGUUGACAAGAACAAUGAUGGAAAGAUCGAUUUUUACGAGUUUUGUGAAAUGAUGAGAUUAAAAUAUUAA